GGGAAGUGUCUGGAGAAGGUCGCCAAGUUUUUUGUUCCUUACCUAAAUAAACGACAUGGCGGAUUCUCCAAAACCCAAGUUUCAAUGAGCGUACAAGGAACUGUCAUUGAAAGAAAGAGCGAGCAAUUGGGGAAACUCAAGGGAAGGGAAGGAGAUGGCAAGCAUGGCUAGUACAUUUUGUUCUUCUAAACUUUUUGGAACCACUGAAGUGAAAAGCAAUGGGGCUUCUCUAGCUCAGUUCAAUGGGCUCAGACCAGCGGAAAAUAUGCAUUUGCCAUCGCCUGGGAAUAAGCCGAGUGGGUUCAUUUCUACUUCAGCUUUAAAAUGCAGAAAGAUCAAGGCAAUGGAUUCCCCAACUGUUUCAGCUCCCAAGCGCGAAACAGAUCCCAAAAAGCGAGUUGUUAUUACUGGAAUGGGCGUUGUAUCAGUUUUUGGCAGUGACAUUGAUACAUUCUAUAACAAACUUCUCGAGGGAGAGAGUGGAAUUAGCCUAAUUGAUAGAUUUGAUGCUUCAAACUUCACCGUCCGAUUUGGAGGUCAGAUUAGAGAUUUUUCUUCUACAGGCUACAUUGAUGGUAAGAAUGAUCGCCGUCUUGAUGAUGUGUGGAGGUACUGCAUAGUUGCUGGCAGGAGGGCCCUUGAUGAUGCUAGCCUUGGCCCUCAAGUUCUUGAAACUAUGGACAGGACCAGAAUUGGAGUACUAGUGGGAUCAGGCAUGGGAGGCCUAACAGCUUUUAGCAAUGGAGUUGAAAAUCUUAUUCAAAAAGGAUUUAAGAAGAUAUCUCCAUUUUUCAUACCUUAUUCAAUUACUAACAUGGGGUCUGCAUUGCUAGCUAUAGACACUGGCUUGAUGGGACCAAAUUACUCUAUUUCAACAGCUUGUGCAACUGCAAAUUAUUGCUUUUAUGCAGCUGCAAAUCACAUAAGAAGAGGUGAAGCUGAUAUCAUGGUAGCUGGUGGUACUGAGGCUGCAAUUGUACCUACUGGUGUUGGUGGGUUUAUUGCUUGCCGUGCUUUGUCCCAAAGAAACGAAGACCCCGCAAAAGCUUCAAGACCUUGGGACAAAAAUCGCGAUGGUUUUGUCAUGGGAGAAGGCUCUGGUGUGCUGAUUAUGGAAAGCUUGGAUCAUGCAAUGAAAAGAGGAGCUAAUAUAAUUGCUGAGUAUCUGGGAGGCGCCAUAACUUGUGAUGCUCAUCACAUGACGGAUCCUAGGUCAGAUGGAUUUGGGGUUUCAUCUUGCAUAGCCAAGAGUUUAGAAGAUGCAGGAGUUUCCCCUGAAGAGGUAAACUAUGUGAAUGCUCAUGCAACAUCAACUCUAGCAGGGGAUUUGGCUGAGGUUAAUGCGAUUAAGAAAGUCUUUAAGGACACAUCCGAGAUUAAGAUGAAUGGAACUAAGUCAAUGAUCGGACAUGGGCUUGGAGCAGCUGGUGGAUUGGAAGCUGUAGCAACUAUUAAAGCAAUCACCACAGGCUGGCUGCAUCCAACCAUUAACCAAGAUAACUUGGAGCCUCAGGUUACAAUUGAUACCGUUCCAAAUGUGAAGAAAAAGCAUGAAGUUAAUGUUGCUAUCUCAAAUUCAUUCGGCUUUGGCGGUCACAAUUCAGUGGUGGUUUUUGCUCCAUUCUCACCAUAAACAAAACUUUUUAAGUACUAGUCUUCUUUUCAUAUUUCCUCCAUAAAAUCAUUGAUUUUGAUCGGGUGUUGUUGAAGUUGAAGUAGCCAUGGGGACUGAUAAAAUAUAGAACUGGGUAAAGAAUUUGUUCAUGCUUUGAUGAGUUUUCAGGACAAUGUAGCUUCUUUACCAAUUUCAUUCAAUCUCAUCACCCUGGUUGAUGAAAUAAACUCACUGUUACAUUUCACUGAAUAAAAACAUUCCUGUUAUUUUGUCCGAGUUUCAUUCAUCUU